AUGCCCGAAUCAGACCUGCCUUUCGAGAUUCUUUCACGUAUUGCAAGUUAUGUAUUUAACGAUGGCAAGCUAGCAUGUAUGAUGACUUGCAAGAGAUGGAAAAUCCCAUAUCAAGAAUCUGUCUGGAAGACUCUACAAAUUGAUUUUAUGGAAGAGCUUGAAGAAAUAUGUACUACAGCAAAGAAUUCGACGAGCAGGUUCCUACCAUAUGAUCUUACAACAGAAAUCAUACAUAUUUAUAAGCUAUUUUCCAUAAAUAAAUUGCAGAAGCUUCAGGUUUUCCAAACCUUUCGAAAUUUGAAGCAUCUUGAUAUUAAGGUCAUAUGCUUUGAUCCAGCCGAUGCAGAUUUUACAAGAUACGUAUCUGGUUUGUCAUCACUGGUCAGUCUGGUACUUCAACCUACUCAAACCACUCAAAGAAUGUUUAUUCCGCUAAUUCUUGAAAUAUUGGGCCAUAUGCCUAACCUCCAAAAGCUAUAUAUUGGCCUACGUUUUCCGGAUUAUGAGAUUCAGCUUAAACUUCACCAAUUCAAUCACCUCCAUACCCUAUUACCAAAGCUAACUAUCUCAGUACCAGGCGUAACAACACUCGAUCUCGCAAUCAUUGAUUGGAACCAUAUAUGGCUGUACUAUUUUAGCUUCAAAUAUCCAAACCUACGUACCUUGAGAUACCUUUAUUCGCAGUGCUAUACGGAAUGGGAACACGCUAUUUUCUCGGAUGUUCUCUGUCGAUUGCAUACACCUAUCAAGAAAUUAACUUAUCGCAGCAUUGGUGCCAAUUGCAUAGAAAGCUUUUGGGAGAGAAUGAUACAACAGCUUAUACAGUCCUUCUCAAGAACUCUUGAAACACCCGAAGUUUCAGGAGAUGCUUUUUCCUAUACCAAUUCUACUUUUACACCAAAGUUUUCGUAUUGUCCAAUCUUGGUGGAUCUUGAAAUCAGACGCUGUAGUGUAUCUGUUGCUUUAGACGACCAAGUGGACAGCGGAGACAGCAUGGACUACACACUAUAG